UCACUAUAGUCCGUUGAAUCUCGAACUGCGUACCGUGUCUGGAAGCCCCUCCCGGUUUUAGUGGGGAGGAGAUUUCACAGGGCUUUGUUUCAGGCAGACUGGACGUAUAAGAGAGUGUACGAAGGCCUCGUGUUUUCUCGUCCCUAAAAUGGAAUAUUGUCUAAUAUUUCUUUAUUCGCAUUGAUGAACUCGGAAUACCGUCUGUUAUUUCCUGGAUCGUUUCACGGGAUUCAUUGGAUGUAAUUAUGUUCUCGCCGUCCAGAAGGAAAUCUAUUGUGGCCUGUAUUGUGCUCGUUGUUUUAAAGUGUCGUUGGGACGCGGUGUCAGGGCAGCUCUCUUAUUCUGUUUCAGAGGAGGUGAAUCCGGGAACAUCAGUGGGAAAUAUCGCUAAGGAUCUAAACCUUAAUGUUCAGGAACUGGAGUCGCGCAUGUUUCAGAUUGUCACGGGAUCCAAGAAAAAAUAUUUCGAGGUAAAUCUAAAAACUGGAUUUCUUUAUGUGAGCGAAAGCAUAGAUAGAGAGGAGCUUUGUGCCAAAGCACCUAAAUGUACUCUCAGUGUAGAAGCGGUUAUCAACAAUCCACUGAAACUUUAUCAAAUAGAAAUCAAUAUUCUGGAUGUUAACGACAAUUCUCCGUCUUUUAGUGAGAAAUCACAAACGUUAGACAUUGCGGAGAACACACUGCCUGGUGUUAGAUUCCCUCUCCAUCACGCUACAGACGCAGAUGUUGGGAAAAGUUCAAUAAACACUUACAAACUUAGCUCGAACGAGUAUUUUUCUUUAGCUGUGCACAAAGGAGGAGACUCGAAAAGCGGCCCAGUAACAUCCAUGAUAAACAUAAACUCUGACAGUGGCGAUAUACACAGUUUACAGUCGUUUAACUGUGAGGAGAUAAAAACGUUUGCGUUUAAAGUUCAGGCUAAAGACUCUGGUGUUCCUCCGCUCAGCAGUAACGUGUCUGUCAAUGUUUUUAUCCUGGAUGAGAAUGACAACAGUCCCGGGAUUCUCGCGCCCUAUUCCGAGCUCGGUUCCGUUAACACGGAGAACAUUCCCUAUUCUGCUGAUGCGGGCUACUUUGUGUCCAAGAUCAGGGCUGUAGAUGCAGAUUCUGGUUACAAUGCGCUGCUGUCUUACCACAUCUCUGAACCCAAAGGAAACAAUCUGUUCCGAAUCGGAACCAGCAGCGGGGAGAUCAGGACUAAGAGGAGAAUGAGUGACAAUGACCUGAAAACUCACCCGCUGGUCAUUUUGGUUUGUGAUAACGGAGAGCCCUCACUGUCAGCGACUGUGUCUAUUGAUGUUGUGGUUGUUGAAAGCGCAGGUGACGUCAAGACUCCAUUCAGACACGCGCCGAUAAAGGAGGAGAGUUUCUCGGAUUUAAAUCUGUAUUUGCUGAUCGCCAUUGUGUGCGUGUCCGUCAUCUUUUUCCUGAGCCUCAUCAGUUUGAUAGCUGUAAAAUGCCACAGGACAGACAGCAGCAGUUUGGGCAGAUACAGCGCCCCGAUGAUCACCACUCAACCUGACGGGAGCUGGUCUUACUCCAAGUCUACUCAGCAGUAUGACGUGUGUUUUAGCUCCGACACACUGAAGAGUGACGUAGUGGUUUUCCCUGCGCCAUUUCCUCCUGCAGAUGCAGAACUGAUCAGUAUUAAUGGAGGAGACACUUUUACCAGAACACAAACACUCCCUAAUAAAGAAAAGGUAAGAUAUUUUUAUUAAAAGUGAUGAAAACGC